AUGGAUAAUGCAUCUUCCCGGCAUGCUCAAAGUCCCAUGUUCCAUCCCGAGCAUCUCCAGCUAAAAAGGAUCAGACGAUUCCGACGGAAGACGAGAACACACAAGCAAUUCUGUUGCUGUUUUUCUCUUUCUCCCUCCUUAGAUGAGACGCCCAUCAUAGCCGUCAUGGUUGCCUUAUCCUCCUUGCUAGUCAUCGUAUUUAUUAUUAUUGUCCUGUACAUGUUAAGGUUCAAGAAAUACAAGCAAGCCGGGAGCCAUUCCAACUCCUUCCACUUGUCCAACGGCCGGACGGAUGACAUGGAGCCCCAGAGCAUGCCGCUGCUCGCCAGGUCGCCAAGCACCAACCGGAAGUACCCGCCGCUGCCGGUUGAUAAGCUGGAGGAGGAGAUCAACCGGCGCAUGGCAGAUGACAACAAGCUCUUCCGCGAGGAGUUCAAUGCUCUCCCCGCGUGCCCCAUCCAGGCCACCUGCGAAGCUGCCUCCAAAGAGGAGAACAAGGAGAAGAACCGAUACGUGAACAUCUUGCCUUAUGACCAUUCCAGGGUUCACCUGACGCCUCUCGAAGGGGUUCCAGACUCCGAUUACAUCAAUGCCUCAUUCAUUAAUGGGUACCAAGAGAAGAACAAGUUCAUUGCCGCGCAAGGACCAAAAGAAGAAACCGUGAAUGACUUCUGGAGAAUGAUUUGGGAGCAAAACACAGCGACCAUUGUCAUGGUGACGAACUUGAAAGAGAGGAAAGAGUGUAAAUGUGCCCAGUACUGGCCUGAUCAGGGCUGCUGGACCUAUGGAAACAUCCGCGUAUCUGUAGAAGACGUGACUGUCUUGGUUGACUACACGGUGCGGAAGUUCUGCAUUCAGCAGGUGGGCGAUGUCACCAACAAAAAGCCCCAACGCCUGGUGACGCAGUUCCACUUCACCAGCUGGCCCGAUUUCGGAGUCCCCUUCACGCCGAUCGGAAUGCUGAAGUUCCUGAAGAAAGUGAAGACAUGCAACCCACAGUACGCGGGGGCCAUCGUCGUCCACUGCAGUGCUGGCGUCGGACGAACGGGGACUUUCAUUGUCAUCGACGCCAUGCUGGACAUGAUGCUGACCGAGAGGAAGGUGGACGUUUACGGGUUCGUGAGCCGCAUCCGGGCGCAGCGCUGCCAGAUGGUGCAGACGGAUAUGCAGUAUGUCUUCAUCUACCAAGCCCUCUUGGAGCAUUACCUGUAUGGAGACACAGAGCUGGAGGUGACCUCGCUGGAGAUCCACCUCCAGAAGAUUUAUAACAAGAUCCCAGGGACCAGCAGCAAUGGACUGGAGGAAGAGUUUAAGAAGCUGACGUCCAUCAAGAUUCAGAAUGACAAGAUGAGAACGGGCAACUUGCCGGCCAACAUGAAGAAAAACAGGGUGCUGCAGAUCAUUCCAUACGAGUUCAACCGAGUGAUCAUUCCGGUGAAGAGGGGCGAAGAAAACACAGAUUACGUCAACGCUUCUUUUAUAGACGGCUAUCGCCAGAAAGACUCCUACAUCGCCAGCCAAGGCCCUCUCCAGCACACGAUAGAGGACUUCUGGCGAAUGAUUUGGGAGUGGAAGUCCUGCUCCAUCGUUAUGUUGACGGAGCUGGAAGAACGGGGUCAGGAGAAAUGCGCCCAGUACUGGCCUUCUGACGGCUCCGUGUCUUACGGGGACAUCACUGUGGAGCUGAAGAAAGAGGAGGAGUGCGAGAGCUACACAGUGCGGGACCUGCUGGUGGCAAACACCAGGGAAAACAAGAGCCGGCAGAUCCGGCAGUUCCACUUCCACGGCUGGCCGGAGGUCGGUAUCCCCUCUGACGGGAAAGGGAUGAUCAACAUCAUAGCGGCCGUGCAGAAGCAGCAGCAGCAGUCGGGGAAUCAUCCCAUCACCGUGCACUGCAGUGCUGGGGCAGGACGAACAGGGACCUUCUGUGCACUGGGCACUGUUUUGGAAAGAGUCAAAGCGGAGGGGAUUCUGGAUGUCUUUCAGACAGUGAAGAGCUUGAGGUUACAGAGGCCGCACAUGGUCCAAACACUGGAACAGUACGAAUUCUGCUACAAAGUGGUGCAGGAAUACAUCGACGCCUUUUCAGAUUACGCCAACUUCAAGUGAAAAACCGAGAAGAGAGUUGCCUUCUUUAAUACUUUGUAAUAUUCUGUUUGUUAAUAUUCCCCCCACCCACCCGCCCCCCAAAAAUGUGUAUAUAUCUUAACUGUUUAGAGGGUUGGUACCAUAAGAUUCCUACUAGCUGGAGAUUUUUAUAUGUAGCAAAAAAACGCGUUAGAAAGAGAUUGUAGGCACUUUUUUUCCCAAUGUUUUAUUGGGGAAUUAAAUAGCGUGAUAUUUGGAUUAAUAUUGUCAAACCUCUCUUCUGGAGAGCAGACGCAGGCUGUUUUCUUUCCUUUCCACACCCCCGCCCCCCCUGUAAAUCUAAUAUUUUUAUUUCCUCGAGGGGAGUAAAGCCUUUUUAAAAACUGAA